UACAACGGUGAAUUGGCCUUGUCAUGCUUUUCUUGUUUUGUAUCCACAAAUACCUUGUUUUCGUGUUAAAUUACUUACAAUUGAAAGAAUGGAGCAGAUCCGAGUGGUGGUGCAGUUGAGUGAUACCAAAUCCUUUGGAAAUGCAGCGGAAUCUGCAGGAGAACACCGACCAGGAGCUCCAAAAUCCGGAAGGGAACAACAGUCACCGGAGACCUUUCAAUAUGGCGGCCAGGUGAGCGUUCUGGACGAGCACAGCCUGCGGCUGGUCUACUGCCAAAACGCCUCCAAUCCCCACCUUCUCCUGGCCCAAAGGUUUCACUUCGAUGUGCUGGGCACACAUGAAAGUGGCGAUGAGAUAGCCACCCUGCUCACCUACCUUUUCGUAGGAAGGCGUGAUGGCUUCCUGAUGCAUCUGCGUGUGAAUCGUGAGUGCCACCUGAUGUUCCUCCUGGACACCCUGGUGAUUCAGGUGAGAUUGAAGCUCCAGCGCGAGGGUCUCCACCUGGAUCACGGCAUAGUGCGGUUCCGGAAACUUCUGGAGGAGGAAGAUGGCAGGAGCGGCAGUGGAAACAGGCUGCCAACGGAGCGCUCCUUCAGCGACAUCCAUGGCCUCAUGUUGUGGCUCCUAAAUCAGUACAGAAUGCGGGCAGGCCUCAGCACAGGACCGGGUCACGAAGCCCUGGAGGUGGAGUACGUGGUGUCCUCGCAGCAGAGGCACAUCCAGUUUAGUGUGCGUCUGCAUGUCCUUCUAGUGGCCAUGGUGGAGCUAAGUGAGAGCUCCUCCCUGGGACUGCGUUGGUAUUUUCGGGAUGACCAGAUGACCUCCCCGGUGGUGGCCACUGAACUCGUAUCUUUCAUGCUGCACAUCUCCAAGGGGAGUCGCGGACAUCAUCUUUACAUGCCCGUACUGGUCCAUGUGGUGGCUACUGACUCCCAGGUGGAUAGCCUCAAUGCACAGCUGCUCAGCCUGGCACAUUUGGUCGGUCGGCAGAACCACCAUCAGCCGGAGAUCUUGUCGUCCCCUAGUUCCAUUGACCACUUGGGUCAGAUGGAAGUCCAACAACAGGAGAUCCAUGAUCGCUUUCAGCUGGUUCACGCCAGUCUGAUGCAGUACAUCCUGAAGGUGGAGCAACUGAAGAGCUACAGGCAAAGAUUCGAUGACCAGUUGGCCCAGUUCGAGGAACUACUGAAACAGACAGCCCACACCGAAUUUGGCCAAUUUCUAAGGGUUUCGCAAGCGAGUCUGGAUCACAUUAACAAUCUGAUGGAAAAGACUGCCUAGGAAUGUUGUCUCCUUUUAUUUCGUUUAUGUAAAACUAAGAGUGUGUCUUAUCUGUAUUGAUUUUAAAUUACAAUGUUCUCGCAAAUAA